UCUUACGGGAUUUCGUCACAGGUCUCGCGGUAUCUGGAUAAGACUCCACUUAAUUCGCCCCCCUCAGAAGAUUCAAGGAUGGCAGCUUCGGCAAUUUUGUACACUGGCAGGCAGCUUUGGAGACCAGCCUUGUUAGCGUCCCGCUCGGUGCAGGCUCUAACAGAUGGCAGUCGCAGGAAUGUGGCCUCGCAACAGACUAUUCCUCCACCAGCCAAAUAUGGGGGACGCCAUACUGUGACAAUGAUUCCUGGAGAUGGGAUUGGGCCGGAGCUUAUGCUUCAUGUCAAGGAGGUGUUCAGGCAUGCCUGUGUGCCUGUGGACUUUGAGGAAGUUCUGGUGAGCGCAGAGGGAUCUGAAGAGGACAUGAAGAAUGCUCUCAUGGCCAUCCGGCGCAACCGUGUGGCCCUCAAAGGAAAUAUCGAGACGAACCAUAACUUACCACCUUCUCACAUUUCCCGGAACAACAUAAUGCGCACAAAUCUGGAUCUGUUUGCUAAUGUGAUUCACUGCAAGAGCCUUCGAGGAGUGGCAACCAGGCACCAUGACAUCGACAUACUCAUAGUCCGAGAGAACACAGAGGGAGAAUACAGCAGCCUGGAGCAUGAGAGCGUCCCUGGUGUAGUGGAGAGCCUGAAGAUCAUCACAAGGACCAAGUCGCUGCGCAUCGCAGAAUACGCCUUCAAGCUGGCGCAUGAAGCUGGGCGCAAGAAGGUGACCGCCGUCCACAAGGCAAACAUCAUGAAACUGGGUGAUGGCCUUUUCCUGCAGUGCUGCAAAGAGGUGGCAGCUGGCUUCCCAGACAUCACAUUUGAGAGCAUGAUUGUUGACAACACUACUAUGCAGUUGGUGUCUCGCCCACAGCAGUUUGAUGUCAUGGUUAUGCCUAACCUCUACGGCAACAUCGUCAACAACGUUUGUGCUGGACUGGUUGGGGGCCCGGGCCUGGUGCCAGGUGCCAAUUACGGGCGUGAUUAUGCAGUUUUUGAAACGGCCACGCGCAAUACUGGCAAGAGCAUUGCUGGCAAGAACAUUGCCAACCCCACAGCCAUGCUGCUCGCCAGCUGCAUGAUGCUGGACCACCUCAAACUGCACAACCAUGCAUCAAUUAUCCGCAAGGCAGUUCUGACCUCUAUGGACGUAGCAGAAACUCACACACCAGAUAUUGGGGGCCAGGGUACAACCUCUGUGGCUGUUCAGUCCAUCCUGCAACAGAUCAAAAAAUCUAACCCGAACCUGGCACAGUGACAUUCUGAAGCCAAAGAACCAGCCUCAAUUGCCGUUUGAGCUGCAACUGAAACAGAUACCCCUCCUGUCUGCCUAAAGGAGGCUGGAGCAACUCUGCUGCCUGUGACUAGAACAGACUGUUCCAUUGCGAACUAGCUAAGCACAAACUCCCAUCUUCUGUAUAUAGUGUGUAAGAUGGCAAUUCAUAUCCACCUCACUAAAGGGAAAUAAAUGGAAAUGUGAGGCCUA